AUGCUUUGCCAUUGCUGUAAACUUUCCGCCAAAAAGCUCUAUCUCGGUUACUUCAGAAGGCAAAAGAUUUUCAAGCCGCAUCAUAAAACUACAGACUUUAUGACCACUGAAAGAAUUCGUCUCAGAACUUCCGCAGGCAAUCCACUUACACAACAUUUCAAGACGGUAAUGCCAAAGGGACAUGAUCUCCAAUCGAAUGGCGCUGCUGAGCAAACUAAUAUGAAUGAGCAAAAAGGAGUGAAAAUUGGUGUCAGAAAUCAUCAGGCAUAG